AUGGGAGUAAAAAAUGUGGCAAAGUCCUGUGCCUCGCAAGUCUGGAGGUGGCAAGAGGAGGAGCGAGUCAAGAAAGCACAGCAACAAGAGGUGACGGCUUUGCCGGAUGUCGUUCAAGUUCUGGAGAUCUCGCUUGAGGCCCAGCGGAAGUUCAACCAAGAGCAGGCUGGCCGCCAGCGGAAGCGGGCCGAGGCGCGCCUCACGGCUCAGCUCGAGGAGGACAUGGCGAAACAGGCAGCCGAAGCGAAGCUUCAGCAAGAAGAAGCCGAGGAGAGGAAGAAGCGCAAGCAGCAGGAAGUUGCCAAGCAGAUGGCAGAAGCAGCAAAGCAAGCCGUCGAGCAGAAGGCCAAGCAGAAUCCAAGAGCAGCCGAAAUCUGGCUUUGGGUCCUGCGGGCACCGACAUGCACACAGCCCCUGCUGGAGUCGCUGGAGGCACUGCAGAAGCAGGAGGAAGCAAAGAAGGCUCCGGAGCCACCGCAACCCCCCGACUGGGGAAUCUGGGACAUGGGGGUGCGUGGCACACCGGGAACUGGAGGAGUCGGAAAGCGGGCUCUGGAAGUGCACGUGCCGGCGUGCGGUGGCUCGCAAGCGCCCGAGCUGCGCAUCAUUCCGGAUGAGAAGAUGGGUGGGGGGCUGUUCGGGUCCCGGACAGACGGUUGGGAUGGGGAUCUUGAGCGGUACCCCGGGGAGAAGCGCCGCUUGGGCCGUGGCAUGUGGCUGACACCGAGCUCAGGUGCGGAGGCGAUACAGAAGAUCAAGGACAAGCAGGCAGCUGGGAAGACUAAAAAGCUCCCGAAAAGAGAAAAAGGCAGAAAGAAGAAGCCGUUCGAACCCAGCGAGCAGUUGGGCGUGACCGAGCCCUUGGGUUUUUGGGACCCAAUCGGGAUCUCCCCCAAAGAUGAGCAGACAUUCUACGAGUACCGUGUCUGUGAGAUCAAGCACGGCAGAGUUGCCAUGAUGGCAUGUAUAGGGGCGAUUGGCCAGCAUUACUUGAGGUUUGGCUGGUUCAGCAAGACAACUUGGGGCGAACCGAUGCCCUCAGGUUUCGCAGCAGUCUUCAGCAACCCUGCUGCCUUUGGCAUGAUCGUUCUGACCGCCGUCGCUGGACUCCUGGAGUUCACACUGUUCAAGGAUGAUAUCUCGAAGGGCGCAGGGAACUUCGGUGACCCGCUUCGCAUAGGCCAGUACACAGAUGACAUGCGCAAUCGCGAGCUCAACAACGGCCGCUUCGCGAUGUUCUCCAUCAUGGGGAUCAUCGCUGCGGAGGGUGCCACAGGCAAAGAUGCCAUCGAGCAACUGGGCCUGUAA